AUGAAAAAAGUUGGGUAUUCACAAUGUCAGUCUGAUCAUACCUUAUUCAUAAAACAAUCUGUUAGGGGACCAUUAGCCCUCAUCAUUGUAUAUGUAGAUGCUAUAAUUUUGACAGGAGAUCAUGAGGAGGAAAUAAGUAAUCUCAAGAAAUUCCUUGCUAAAGAGUUCGAAAUCAAUGACUUGGGAAAUCUUAAAUACUUCCUCGGAAUGGAAAUUACUCAAUCAAAGAAGGGAAUUGUUGUCUCGCAACGAAAAUAUGUCCUUGAUUUAUUGAAGGAAAUUAGCAUGCUUGACUGUGAACCAGCUGAUACACCUAUGUACUAUACUACAAAGGUGGGAGUUGUAGAAGGAAAUGCUCUAGUUGACAAAGGAAGAUAUCAAAGACUUGUUGGAAAACUUAUCUAUCUUUCUCACACUAGGCCUAAUAUCAGUUUUUCUGUCAGCAUGGUUAGUCAAUUCAUGAAUAAUCCAACUAAGGAACACAUGGAAGUUGUUUAUCGGAUACUAAGAUAUCAAAAAAUGACUCCAGGAAGGGGAUGGUAUUUCAAGAAAACACAAAAAAGAGAUGUGAAGAUAUGUACCGAUGCAGAUUGGGCUGGGUCCAUAACUGACCGAAGAUCAACUUCAGGGUAUUGCACGUUUAUAUGGGGAAACUUGGUUACUUGGCGUAGCAAGAAACAACCAGUGGUAGCAAGAAGCAGUGCAGAAGCAGAAUUUAGAGCUAUGACACAAGGAAUCUAUGAAUGA